AUGUCUCGUAAUAAAGAUAAAUAUUAUGAUUUAUUUAAUAUAUUCAAAGAUUCUAAAAGAAAAAAAAGAUAUAGAUGUCAGAAAUGUGGAAAUGAUUGGGCCAAAAACAAAACAAGAUUACAAGAACAUUAUAAAUCUUGUAUUUUGGUGAACAGUGUAAAAGAUACAAGUUCUUCUGGAGCUAAAUAUCAAGCUACAGUAGAUAAUUUUGUAUACAAAUUGUCUAGAGCUGACCAAAAUAUCUUAGAAAGUCUAUUUGUAUGUGCUUUUUAUUUUUCAGAAGCUUUCUUUAAUAUAUUAGAAAAUAAGAAUUGGAAAAUAUUUUUUUCAAAAGCUUGUUCAGCAUUUAAACUUCCCACUCAAAAAUUACUUGCUACUACAUUACUUAAUCAAAAAUAUAAGAAUAUUAAUAUUGUUAUUCAACACUUAUUUAACCAAACAAA